AUGAUGCAGCCCUCCUCUCCGACCGAUCUUCGCAAGACGAUCCCCGCAGCUGAAGACUUCCUCAUGUGGCGGGACUACAUGAAUCUUGGCAGGACUCUAUCCCAACUCUUGGAGGAGCAUCGCGACGAAAGGCAAGCCGUAACUGCGCGUGUCCCCCCCGCGGAGCGAUUCAUCACGAGAACCGGCUCCACCAGUAGUACCUCCAGCACCAAUGCCUCUUCCUCCAGCCGGGACCAACGCCGUGACACCUGCGGCUUCUGUCUGCAAAAUGGAGAGAGUGAAGAGGUGUACAUGAGUCACAGACUGAAAGCCCGAGACGGACGGAUCCUCUGCCCGAUCCUGCGGAGUUAUGUCUGUCCUUUCUGCUCUGCGACCGGAGACUGGGCGCACACGCGCCAGUACUGCCCUCGGAGAGCAUCGAAGACCAGCAGAAUGUAAACCGAUGGACUCUCACACUCUCUUAUUCGUGUCAAACUGUCUGUGUUCGAACUUCGAAGUAUGUUGUGUUGUGAAAAUAUGUUCAGAAACGUUGUUUACAUACUAACGGUUGAAACUUUUUCAUGGUUCCUUUCAAAAUAAAAAUAUUUUUCUAGUAUAUCUCAAA